AUGAUAAACCUGCCUUUGUCUCAUGUUGACAGGUAGUCUACUUCACAGCCACUUUUCCGUACCUGAUGCUGGUGGUUUUGUUGGCUCGUGGACUCACUUUACCAGGAGCUAUUGAUGGCAUUUCUUUCUACCUGUAUCCAGACCCCAAAAGGUUGGUGGACCCUCAAGUUUGGAUGGAUGCAGGUGCACAAGUUCUUUUCUCUUUUGGGAUUUGUCAGGGGAGUUUGACAGCUCUAGGCAGUUACAAUCAGUAUAACAAUGAUUGUUACAAGGACACGUUUGUUCUGUGUUUGGUGAACGGCGCGUCAAGCUUUGUGGCAGGGUUUGCAAUCUUUUCAGUUUUGGGCUUCAUGUCCUACGAACAAGGAGUGCCAAUAUCUGAAGUGGCAGCUUCUGGACCUGGCUUGGCAUUUAUUGCUUAUCCACGUGCAAUGGCCAUGAUGCCGUUCCCUCAGCUGUGGUCUAUAUGUUUCUUCGUCAUGGUCAUCUUGUUGGGCGCAGACACACAGUUUGUGAGUCUGGAGUGCCUGAUGACCUCCGUGACAGACAUGUUCCCCACCGUAUUUCGAAGAGCUUACCGUCGAGAGUUGUUGCUGCUUUGUCUCUGCACCAUUUGCUUCUUUCUCGGCCUCCUCCUCGUGACAGAGGUGAGAACCUGUGUCUUCACAAUGAAUAAAAGUGGAAAGAAAUGGGCGAAAUGAAACUCUCCUGGACCAGUAGCCAGUGUUG